ACCCAGCUAUCCAGCAACAGCAUUCUUGCUCGCUAGUCUGCUAGCUAGGUUAGCUAACUUGCUAACAUGUUGAUAAAUUCAACGCUUCGCAUCCAGACAGCUGUUAACAACACACUGUGAUACUUCCUAUGGAUGUACCCAACGUUGCUUUCCCAUUUACAGAAACCGUAUAACCCACUCUGAAGUAACUUUAUUUGUGAUGACAAUUUUAUGUAAAUACAUUUAUUAACUUCAACUAGUCUUUGAGUUGACCAGUGAUGGUGGACUGUGCUGCGGAUGUCGUCAACUAAUGGGAAAUGUCCCUUCGCUCUGCACAGCUGUUUGGUUGUCAAAAGGCAAAUGUUAAGAUGAUGAUAUCAGUACAUCAUUUAUCAGUCUACAAUAACAUUUAGAUCAGAAAAAAUGCAACUCUAUAAUGUACUUUUUUAUUGUACCGUGCCCAUCCCCUCCCCCAGUUUUACAUUUUAAUGUGAUUUGCCAUGGGAGAUUUCAUUAGGCCACCGACUACCACGAAAAGUCGUUUCUAAGGGUUUUCCCCAUUGAAAUAUGGUCGAUAGGUUACGAACAGUCACUUGAACCACAUUGUAGCAGAGGUCACGUGUUAAAUCUGUUGUUUGGGGUGGAUUAAGUCUUCCAGUGGAUAACACCGCACUCAGAUCUGUGUGCAGCCUGCGAGUCAAUCAGUGAAAUUGAGGGCCUACAGUGAACAGCGUCCAACUGCUGAUUAGAUGCUGCGCUGUUUUUACAUGACCAGCUGCUGUGUCUGCCACAAGCUGUCUAAACAAACAAGGCAGUGACAGUUUCAUUCCUCUCUACGCCUUAGAGAAAUUCACUUCAGAUUUUGAUAGUAGACAGUAAUGCAACAAGCUCAGAUGCUUUUUCAGGAAUGUUGCUGGAGCUCUGAGAAGCUGUGCGAAGAUGAGUGUGACAUCAUGGUUCCUGGUGAGCAGCUCAAGCACGCGGCACCGGUUGCCACGGGAGAUGAUCUUCGUGGGCCGGGACGACUGCGAGCUCAUGCUGCAGUCCCGCAGUGUGGACAAGCAGCACGCCGUCAUUAAUUACGACCCUGCCACCGAUGAGCACCUGGUGAAGGACCUGGGCAGCCUUAAUGGGACGUUUGUCAACGACCUCCGAAUCCCAGACCAGACCUACAUCACCCUCAAGCUCUCCGACAUCAUCCGCUUUGGAUAUGAUGCUCACGUGUACAUCCUGGAGAAGAGCCAGCACAAGGUCCCAGAGGAGGCUCUCAAGCACGAGAAGUACACCAGUCAGCUACAGAUCGGUGUUAAGACGUCGGAGACCAAGAAACGGACGCACACAGUGAACAAGGAGAAGAGCAGAGCCACGGUGUCUCCCAGCUCUAAGCAGGACAAGAGCAAGCCCACGGCAGAGGCUCCUAUGUCCAGGCCCACUCCUCUGUAUGGGCAGCCUUCCUGGUGGGGAGAGGAUGAGGAGCACCCCGGACAGUCCGAUGGCGACCUCACAGCCGACGCCAAGGAUGGCAUGGAGCAGGAGCUGGGGGUUAACGGGUGUCAUGGCGACGAGACGGCCAAGCCUGUCUACUCGUACCGCCGUGAGCCCAGCUACUUUGAGAUCCCCACCAAGGAGUUCCAGCAGCCGGCCCGACCCAAGUCGGCCGAGUCCCAACUCCAGGAGAUCCCCACCAAGGACACAGACAUCCAGGUCCAGAAUGUGUCUGUGCCUGUGUCUGUGUCUGUGCCUGUGCCGAUCCCAGCAGUCCCUCCUCCCCAGACUCCCCCUGUGGUACAGAGCCACGCAUCCUUCACCAUCGAGUUUGACGACUGCGCGCCAGGCAAGAUGAUGAUCAAGGAUCACGUGACCAAGUUCUCCUUCAGACAGCGGCGGCAGCAGCAGCAGGGUGGAGAGUCUGCGUCAACGCCCCCGCAGGAGAUGUCGGUGGAGAACAAGGUUGCCGAUUGGCUGGUGCAGAGUGAUGUCGGCAUGAUGAGGAGGAAGUCACGGGCGGAUGACCUGUACAGCACCAAGAGUGACCUGCCCAUUAACAACAAGGCUCUCAAGGAUCACCAGCAUGAAGAUGGGACCCAGAGCGAUUCUGAGGAUCCUCUUCUGAAGGAGAAGCAGAGUCUGCACUCUCUGUCUCCGGCCACAACCCGGAGAUCACCUCAACCGCCGCGCCAUUCGCCAUCUGAUCUCUCCACCCCUCCCGCCAUCGAGCCCCCACUUACCUCCUCCACCCCGGCCCUGUCCUCCUCACCCCAGAGCCAAGCCCGGGGCGACCCCCAGCAGGCCUUCGUCAUCGAGUUCUUCGACGACAACACGCGCAAGAAGCGGUCGCAGUCCUUCACCACCAACAUGGGGCCCAGCGAGGCCAACACCGCGCUCAAGAGCCGCCUGGAGAAGAAGAAGAGUGCCGCCCUACUGGGUGAGAGAGGUACUGCAGCACAGGGCUCCAACCCUCCCACGCAGCAGUUGACCGUCCCCCUCAAAGGCUCCUCAUCCUCGGGGGGACUCCAGCGGGCAGGCUCCCUGCGGCGGGAGAAGACAGACAUCCGCCUCAGCUCUUCCUCCAAUUUCUCCUCACGCUCAGCCUCCACGCGGCCCUUUGCCAGCGUGGGUCGCCGAUCCAGGCUAGCGCAGGAAUUCGCCGCCGAGUUCCUCCGCCAGUCCCGGCCUCCGUCAGCCACCAACGUUGCCGCCCCUUCCUCAUCCUCCUCCUCCUCACCCCCAACGUCCACCCCGGCCUCUGCUGUCUCCUCAAACCCACCGUCCCAGCGAAGCACCCCGGUGUCCCGGUCACACUACACCUCAGCCACCCAGCAACCCCCCGUGCCUAUGAAAGUGUCCCUGAUGUCCCUGAAAGGAUCGGUUCCGGACCCCAACAGCUCCAGAGCCUUCAGGAAUGAGGAGGAGGACAGUCUGAGCGACGCCGGCACCUAUACCAUAGAGGGGGAAAUCCAGGACAAGGAGGUAGAAGACGCUCGCAACUCGAUCGAUCAGGUGUUUGGUGUUGUGGAGAGCCCCGAUCUCAGCACCCAGCCCAUCCCCGAGGCCUUUAGGCCCGAGCUCUCCGGCAGGAGACGCAGCAGGGAGGCCCACUCUAGCAGCCUCCCACAUAGUGCAAGUAGUACUGCCCCCACCCAGGGCAAUUACCCAGCAGGCCUUAGCCAGUCGCCCCUGGGCCCAGCGCAGGGCCAGUCGGAGUCUUCAGCGGCCCCGGGGGGCCCCAGGUGGGUUUCAAGGUGGGCCAGUCUGGCAGACAGCUACUCGGACUCCAACCCAGUGACGGGUCUCUUUGACAUCCCUGCUCAGCUGGACCUUUCAAGUCCUGGUGGGGUCCGGAUCAUCCAUCAGGCCAUGCUGAACAGGAGCUUUGAGAGCUCCGAGACCGAGGGCACCCGCUCACGUCGCGUCCUUCCGCAGCUGCCGUCACAAGAGAAGACCGACACCACCCCUCCCAGCAUCCACGUCCAGCAUGACCCCUAUGCCACCUUUGACAUUAAAGGUCGGAAGUCAAAGAGCCCUCGGCAGAAAGAGGACAUUCAGCACCUCCAUGUGCAGGAUGACCUGGACCCGGACAGCCUGAGCGACGCCAGCAAGUCAGAUGACAGUUCUGUGGUGGAGCAGGGGAGGAGGUCCAGUUCGGCGAGGAGCAGUAAGACCUGGUCCAGGAGGCGAUCCGACACCAUGGAUGCGUCCUCGACCAAGUCCACGUCCUUCUGCGUGAGCUCUGAGGACAGCCUGUCCAAGCCUGAGCGAGAUCAGGACGACCAUCCCAAGUUCUCCAAUGUCACCAUGACCAGGCAGCACAGGCCCACCAGUGCCACAAACGCUUCUCCGCCCAGCUUGGACUGCCAGGAUCGAGACGGCGCUCGGAGUGAGGGUGGCAACUCCCCGUCGUUCUCCAGGCAGGAAAGCUACACCAAAAGCCGGCCUGGAGACGACAGUCAGCUGAAGAGAUUACCCAACAUCUCCAACCAGACCUUCUCAAAGGACAGUGGUAUGUGCACCCAGGAUACGCACACCUACCUGAAGGAGACUGAGGACGUCCUGGCCUCCCUGGAGGCUAAGCUGCAGGUGCAGAGCCACAGUCAGCAGCAACCUGCUAGCACCCCCGCUGGAGUGGAGGACUCCCUCUCCGGAGAGUCUGAUGUGGACACCGCCAGCACAGUCAGCCAGCGCAGCAGCAAGAACUCCAGAGAAUCAGCCUCCGGAACGGGAAAGAAGUCAUACACCACCGGGGGCGUCCACAGGGAGAGGUCUCUUCUCGAUCAGGCGUAUCAGGACUCGAGACGGCCAAGCUCGGCCCGAACUCAACUCUAUGAGAAGCGGGGGGUGGGCCCAGCCGAUCCCUCCUCCUCUUCCUCCUCCUCCUCCUCCUUCAGGCGUCCCCGACUGGGCGUGCGCAACAGCGUUGGCAAACACGGCUCCAUGGACUACAGCGACGACAACCAGCUCUCAGGCUUGACCACGGUGGGAGUUGGAGCAGGCACACGCCAUUGGUCCGACUCCAUAACCUCCGACCAGGAGUCCGGCUUGCGGCCCUCCGUAGUCCGGAAGAAGAGCGCCGCCCCCCUGCACAGGGAGGAGCCGACCAAAGCCGGCCGGAGCGGUGGGACCGUGGCACAGGCACUGGCUCGGUCCAACUCUCUGUCGGCACCGCGCCCCACCCGGGCAUCCAUGCUUCGCCGCGCUCGCCUCGGGGACGCCUCUGACAACGAGGGCCCGGAAACGGAGCGGACCUGGCACAGCGCCAACGAGUCUGGAACACCAGCAAUGCCAGGAACGCGGGCACCCCAGGAGGUGAAGCGGCAGCCUUCGCGGUUGGACCUCCUGGCGCUGCCACGCAAGAGGACAAGCUCCUUCACCACGCCUAGCGACACCGAGGCUUCGGCUCCGCGCACCGGUUUCUCCAACCGAAGCUCCGAGUCCACCACCUCCGUCCGGAAGGCUUCGGUGCCGGAUCCGAAGAACAUGCCGAGGAAGGCCCCCAUGCAGUUGGCCAACAAGCCCAUCAUCCGUGGCCGAUCCAGCAGUGCCAAGUAUGCCACCAGCACAGCCAGCUCUCGGAGGCGCCAGAAGGGCUCAGACUACACCUCCACGUCUGAGGAGGAGUACGACUCCAACCACAGCACCCCUAAACACAAACGCUCCCAUAACUCAGGGUCAUCCGCCUCGGGCACUCCCCGUGGCCAGACCCCCGUCCUGGCACGCCCCCGCGCCCGUGGCCGAGACUCGGAGGAGGAGAGCCACGAGGGAGACGCCUACCAGAACUGGAGCUCGCACAGUGCCGAGAUCGCCAGGCUGAGUCAGGACCUGGCUAAAGACCUGGCCAUCCUGGCCCAAGAGAUCCAUGACGUGGCAGGAGACGCAGAUCCUCCGCAGACAGAUGCAGCCAGACCAGUCCCCACCGUGUCAGCUCGAGAGGAGCAGCGGCCUCACGUUCCAGAGGCCAGCCUGAACUUCCAGAAGAGUCCGUCGGGCUCAGCCUCGGUCAGACACCCUGAGGGCUCAGCCUCGGUCAGACGCCCUGAGCAGAUUCUUCACAACCAAGAGUUGAGCUCCAAACAUCAGACCAGAACCCAAGACGAGGCCGCUGGAGACCACAUGCUGCUGAACCCAGUGUCUCAAGUCUCCCUCGCCAUACGAGAGAACACUGAGCAGUUAACUGAGAAACUCAAGGUACUGUUUCAGAACAAGAAAGAAGUUUGGGAGGAAAUUGAGGCAAUCAACUCCGACAACGACAUUCCAACGCAGAAAAUGCCCAACAAGGAAAUCGCAGCCAUUCUGAAAGAGCUUAGAAGGGUUCAGAGACAACUGGAAGUUAUCAACAACAUCAUCGAGCCGGAUGGCAAGGCCGAGCUGAACCGAACAUCCUCUGCCAGCACGCCCUCUCUGACGGGGGUGAAGGGUGGCAGGGCGCUUGUCAGAGACUGGAGGCCCACAACCUCACCGCGGGGCAGCGGGGGAGGAGGAGGAGGAGGAGGAGGAGGAGGAGGGCCCCCCCCUAGCAGAACCACCAGCAGCAGGAGGUCUGGGGCCACCUCAGAUGGAGAGAGCUUCGUGGUGUGAGGAGGACAUGGGGGCCCUUCACUGUGCACUCACUGUGACUGCUACAGCACUGGUGAUGAUGAGAGAGAGAGAUAGAGAGAAAGAGAGAGAGAGAGAGGGGGGGGGGGGGGGGGGGGUGGUGAAGUUAGUGCUCUGUCAGAAGUGGGGAGAUCUAUUUGCACUCUUUGUCCCUGCUGUGCCAGUCAUUGACAGUCAUGCAGUACAAACGGGCUUGCUGUCAAAGCUUGCUCUCUCCAUGUCCUUUGGCAUUUUGUCUGUGUGUGUGUGUGUGUGUGUGUGUGUGUGUGUGUGUGUGUGUGUGUGUGUGUGUGUGGUUAAACCUGCCUCAGUGGGACAUUGUUUAUUGGCAACAUGGGCGCUCUAAUGCCAUAAAGUACCUCAGCUGAAUUUUUUAUCUCGAAACAUUGAAAGAUUUCAGUUUACCUGAUAUAUGCAUAUAUUUUUGUUGAGAUCUAGGAUAUUUGAUCUGGGGUUAAUAAAUGGUUUGCUUGUUGAGCUGAACACGUGUAGGUGUAGUACCUACUACAAAGUUUCUACUUAAAUUUCUCUCUCUCUUCUACCCCCCCC